AUGGCAAAGUCUGACGCGGUCGCGGUCGCGGGUCGCCCCAACAGCAUCGACGAGCUCGACAUGGAGCGCGGCGCGUGCGUCCUCGCGCCCAAGUACUCCGCCACGCUCGUCCGCGAGCGCGCGCUGGACGGCCCGGGAGAGACGCUCAAGACGCUGGCGCGGGGAGUCGAGAUCGUCACAGCCGCCGGCGUGUUCGUCUCCGGCCUCAUCCUCGACAACUUCCGCAAGACCGAGGACGUCGUGUCGAGGUCCGAGCAGCUCCGCGUUCAGCUCGCGGAGCUCGGCCCGAGCUUCGUGAAAGCCGGCCAGGUGCUCGCCAACCGCCCGGACAUCGUCCGAGCCGACUACAUGGAGCAGCUGACGAAACUGCAAGACGACGUGCCCCCAUUUCCCAAUGCAAAGGCGUUUGAAAUCAUGGAACAGGAGCUCGGGCGGCCGAUAUCGGAGGUUUACUCGGACAUCUCGUCCGAGCCCAUCGCCGCGGCGUCGCUGGGUCAGGUGUACCGCGGCAGGUUGCGCGCCACGGGGGAAGAGGUGGCGAUCAAGGUGCAGCGUCCGGGUAUCGAGCCGAUCAUCUAUCGCGAUUUGGUCCUCUUUCGCGCGCUCGCCGCGUUCGUCAACCAGGUUUCCAUGCGACGUUUGGGGUGCAACGCGCAGCUCAUCGUGGACGAGUUCGGGGAGAAGCUGCUCGAGGAGCUCGACUACUUUUAUCCCGAGGCGAGCGGCGCGCGGAUGCUCACGAUGGAGUGGAUCGACGGCGUGCGGUGCACGGACCCGGCGGGGAUCAGGGCGGCGGGCGUUGACGUCGACAACUUCAUCCGCGUCGGCGUGAUGUCCGGCUUGCGACAGCUCCUCGAGUUUGGCCUCUUUCACGGCGAUCCCCACCCGGGGAACAUAUUCGCGCUCAAAGACGGUCGCAUCGCGUACGUGGACUUUGGUAACGUCGCGCAGCUGUCGCAGACGAACAAGGAGGUGCUCAUCGACGCGGUGGUGCACGCGGUGAACGAGGACUACGACGCCAUGGCGGGUGAUUUCAUCCGGCUGGGUUUUUUAUCGCCCGGCACCGACGUCAGGCCCAUCGUCCCGGCGCUGGAGUCCAUCUGGCAGGACGCGCGGACGGCGUCGCUGUCGAGCUUCAACUUUCGCACCGUCACCGCCGCGUUCAACGAGCUGGUGUACCAGUACCCGAUUCGCAUUCCGGAGAGGUUCUCGCUCGUGAUCCGAUCCUUAUUAACCCAAGAGGGAAUCUGCAUGACGCUCAAACCGGAGUUUAGGUUUCUCGAGGUGGCGUACCCGUACGUGGCCAAGAGGCUGCUCACCGAUCGCGACGCGAGGCUGAGGGAGAGGCUCAUACAGGUGCUGUUCAAGCAGGGCAAGUUCCAGUGGACGCGGCUGGAGAACUUGGUGGAGCUGGCGCAAGAGGGCGCCGGGGAGUUGGACCUCACCGACACCGUCUCCGACGGAGCCCAGCUGCUCAUCACGGACGAGACGCUCCGAACGCAGCUCAUCCUCGCGCUGACCGAGGACGACAGGCUGCACGUGGACGAGGUGGCGAGGCUGCUGAGGGUGCUGCAGGGCGGGGUGAAGGUGGACAGGCUGGCGCAGACGGCGACGACGGAUGGACCCGCGUUUUUGAGGAAGAUGGCGCUGUCGUGGAGCGAGUCGGUGCUUCGACCGUGA